UGAGCUGGGAGACGAAAUGGAACGGGGGAAUUUGCAAUCUGUUUUUUUGGGUGUUUUCCAACGCAAGCUCCUGCGUUUUCUUAUACGGCUUUUUUUACAGAUCAAGAUUGAGGCGCUCCAUUUCUUUCCAGCCUGCUUGAGGAUCCCUGGAGAGAGGAAGUGCAAGAGCUAUGGGCAACUCCUGUGUUACCGGCGCCAGCAGCAGCUCAAACCACGGGCAGAGUCUGAAAUCCAAGGAGGCAAGACUUAUUGACAACUCAUGUGUUACUGGUUCAAGCCAGUCAAACCAGGCGCGUUGCCAGGAGUCCAACGGGUCAGAGAUUACCUUCAAAUGGAGGAUCGAUGGUUUCUCAUCGCUUCUUGAUAAGGGUAAAUCAUGGACGAACUCCAGUGUGUUUGAGAUCAGGGGUCAUAACUGGCACCUGAUGCUGAACCCAAGGGACAGAAAGAGUGGCGACGAAAAUGAAUAUGUAUCUCUUAUGCUUGUGCUGUUUCAAGUAUCUGAGAGAUCCCAUACAGUCGUGGAGGCAACUUUCAAGUUCUUGAUAUAUGACCAGUCACAUGGAAAGCACCACGAACAGCAUCAAGUGAGCCACAAUUUUCAGGCUACAAGCAGAAUCUCUGGGAGCCCAUGCAUGAUCCCCCUCACGAAGCUUAAGGAGCAAUCCUCUGGAUUCCUUGUCAAAGACAGCUGUGUUUUCGGUAUCCAGUUCAUUAAAGUUGUCGCUGUUAAAGGUAACGAUGUGUCAGAGACACUGUUUGUUCAGAAGAUUAGCAACAUCUGCAGUGACCCGCAAAUCUACACCUGGAACAUUGAUGAUUUCUUUGUGUUGAAGAACCCGAGCACCUCCCCAGAGUUUGAGCUCUGUGGACACAAAUGGUCCAUCACUCUCUAUCCAUCUGGUUCCGAUAAGAAUGGGAACUACCUCUCCCUGUACCUGAGCACCAAGGUGCCGGAUACAUUCCAUAAGGACUCGGCGAUCCUGGCAGACGUUAGCAUAAGCAUCAAAGACCAGGAAACUGGCAAGCACAUGAAAUUAUCAGGUUGCAGUUCAACAAUCGCGCCUUGACAUGGGGAUGGGAGAAGUUCAUAUCGCUGGAAGACUUCAAGGACUCCUCAAAAGGUUAUCUCGUGAAGACAAAGUGCUGCAUUGAAGCUCAGGUUGCAGUCAUUGGUUCCUCCAAGACGGAGUAGCUAGAUUAUUCAGCCUCCAUGAUAAUGUCAUGUCUCGUGCGUGUGUUCUAUACUUGCUUGAACUGUGUUUCUGCAUCCGUACAAGAAAUCUAAAACUAAUGGCAUCGACAUGUAUGACGAUGUGUCUUUAUGUGGGAGAAGCUUUAUCUAGAUAGAAAUAAGUGCGUAGUGGGAGAGACUACUUACAUAAAAAUUACAAGACACCCUGUGCUUUGUUGUGGA